AUGGAAGACAAAAUCCUAUCUCCCAAAUACACACGUGUGAAACUCAACGUUGGCGGUACAGUUUUUGAGACCUACCUUUCUACUCUCACAAAAGUGAAUGAAAGUGUGCUAUCCGCUAUGGUGGCCGAGGAAAUACAAAAUGGGGACGAACUGUUCAUAGAUAGGAAUCCCCUGCUUUUUGCCAAAGUACUGGAUUAUCUACGAGAUGACGAGCGUUUUGUUCCUCCAUCUGACGAUGAUGCCAGAGAAGCACUUCGGAGGGAAGCUGAGUUCUAUUAUCUGCCCGAGCUCGUCGAAAAGUGCUUGCCCGAAAAAUUUCAUACUGGUGUUCAAGUAAAAUGGAAGGAAAGCGCUAUCGAAUCGUACUGGAAGGUUUUCGCCAUGGCUUUUGACAGACCCAGCUGCGCACUUUGUGCGUACUCGCACACUGCAGACCCGAAAUGUCUGUUUCCGCAAUUUUCGAAGUCGCGAGAUGGGACACCCAAGGACGAGUAUUGCUUAGCACUGAAGUAUCAAAUGCGCUUUAUGAAAGGGAAAGUGACAUCGGGACCUUUUGGCAGUCUCCCUGGCUGUUUCGUUAUAUGGGAGAGUCCCUACGACAAGUAUCCGUUACACAUCCCAACGUCUGCAUUGCGUUUAGCGAAGUGAUACGCUCUUUUCUAUUUCAACAUUGCUCGUGGUUUGAACUGAGCUUUGUAAACUCUAUGUGUGUUCGACCGCCCGAACUCAUAUGUAUUUCGAUAAAUCAUGCUGAAGC